UCUUGGGAUACGCGUUUCCUCACUCACAGGGGAUUUUUCGUCUUUUUCUUUUAAUAAGCUUCCUCUUAGUGAACCAUUUGCCAGUGCUUUCAUUGCAAACGAACGAGAAUUACUGAUAGACUUUUUCCUUUAUUUUUUUUUCGCUCUGAUUUUUCAUGAUUUUCCCAAUAUAAUCUAAUUUAAUUUAUUUUUCUAUUCAGUCUUCCUCUUGUGUAAUGUGUUUGGUUCAAUAGUGCUUCCGAAAUUAAUGGAAAAGUGUUUGGAAUAAAAUAUUAUAUGUGCUUUUUUAGUAUAUACCUACAUAGAAUUCUUUGAAUUCUCAUAUCCGGGAAUAAGUUUCUUUUUUUGCAUUAACGCCAGUAAUUCUCUUUAAUAUUAAACAUUCUACGAUCCGAAUUAUCGAUAUCGUCUUUCGACAAAUCAAUCGCCAAAGCGACAAAACCAAGUGAAGUAAAUAUAUAUAUAUAUGAGUGCCGACCAACCCUCGUGAUUUUCAUGUUUCAAAAAUGUGUCCAACCACUCACUUUUCCAUUAAAAUUAUAUUAAACAGUCGAGAGGAAGAUAUUUAUAUAGGUUAGUCCUAGAAGAAGCAGUGUAGUGAAUUUGAGUGACAAGGGAAUUAUCAGUGUGUGACAAUGAUCAAGAGGUUGAAUGUCUCCUUCAUAAGCAACAUCAACCUUGACCUCAACGAGAACGUUAUGAGAAAAUUUUGUGCAAGAAGAUCGAUCACGCGGGCAAUGUGCAAUCUUCUGAAUGAUCAUUUAAGCAUCAGUUAAUUGCUGUCACAAUUAUGAAUCACCAAAAAAAGAUGCUCGACAACUCCAUUGAUAGUGAAUUUUUUUAUCUUACCAACAUAAAAUUGCAAAAAUGAUACAAUUUCCGUGAUGUGUCUUAGCAUUGACUAAUUAGAAAGACAUUUAGUAGAUUUAACAAAAAAAAAUGUGGCACGCGGUGGUGUGAUUAACAAGAUAGUUUCUAUAUCCACCGGAUCAAUCAACUUCAAUACAAUUUACGUGCAUGUGUCUCACUGUGAAGCGGAAGAGGAAGAAGAAAAAGAAAUCCAAAAUAAAUGUGAAUUCCAUUGGGGAUACAGAGGGGCCAAAGCGAAAAAGAAAUCGUGGAAGUGAGUGGUAAUGCAAUCACAUGAAGUAGCAUCAACAUCGAUGUCUCAUCAUCAACAGCAGCAACAGCAGAUGAAUAAUAAUAGCCAGGGUCAACAGAAUGGUGGUGUAACGACAGGUACAGCUGCCCCGAAUUCGCCGGGCUCAGCUGGGCGGCAACAGAUCAGUGGGGGCCGCUUUGACUUCGAAGAUGGUGGCACUUACUGUGGUGGUUGGGAGGAAGGCAAAGCACACGGACACGGUGUCUGCACGGGACCAAAGCAUCAAGGCGCCUAUUCCGGUGCGUGGAACUAUGGAUUUGAAGUGUCUGGUGUCUACAUUUGGCCAAGUGGAUCAUCCUUUGAGGGUCAAUGGCAGAAUGGGCGCCGGCAUGGCCUCGGUGUGGAGACACGAGGUCGCUGGAUUUACAGAGGAGAGUGGACGGGUGGUGCAAAGGGACGCUAUGGCGUUCGUCAGAGUGUGACGUCCACUGCCCGAUAUGAGGGCACAUGGGCAGGAGGAUUCCAGGAUGGCUAUGGCUCAGAAACAUACGCAGAUGGCGGAACAUAUCAAGGACAAUGGUUAUCGGGAAAAAGACAUGGCUACGGUGUACGACAGUCAGCUCCUUUUGGGUUGGCGUCCCACUAUCGGCCAAAAGCAAUUCAAACGUCGAUGACAUCGCUACGUAGCAACGAGGGUGAAAAGAAUGUAGACCCAGCUGAUAAGAGAAAUCAUCGUAUUGAUGAUGUUCGUGGUGGUUUUGUUCUCAAGGCGAGAUCAGAUGAAGCCCCAGCUAGAAGAAAUAGUUUAGUAGAAAAGACCAAGAAAGGACUUUUAUCGGGUUUAAAAAUUAGGAAACAAAGAAGUACGGGUGAUUUAGAGAAACGGGGAACAGGUGCCUCAGGAAGCAUAAGAUCGACAGUAUCGACAGCAUCAUGGAUCAGUACUGGUUCAUCUCAAUCCGGAAUGACCACAAAGUCAAUGCAUACGGAUUCAAAUGCCAGUUUUACCGUGGAUGAAGAGCAGUUAGAUCCGAGUGUAACAGAAACGUAUAUGGGAGAAUGGAAGCAUGAUAAGCGUGACGGAUACGGAAUAUCAGAAAGGAGUGAUGGUUUGAGAUAUGAGGGCGAAUGGCACAACAACAAGAAACAUGGAUAUGGCGUGACAACCUUUCGUGAUUCUACAAAAGAGGAGGGAAAGUACAAGUGCAACGUGUUGAUCACGAGUCAAAAGAAGAAACAUGUGUUCCUGAUACGAUCUGCUAAAUUUCGAGAGCGGAUUGAAGCGGCUGUGAGUUCGGCUCAACGGGCAUCAAAAUAUGCUCUUCAGAAGGCAGAUAUAGCAAUUUCACGUACAGCCACGGCACGCAGUAAGGCUGAAUUGGCUGAUGUCAUAUCUGAUCAGGCACGUAUGGAUUCUGAUUUGGCUGUGUCGACAGCGCGUGAAUUUGCGCCAGACUUUAAGCCUUCAGUGUUAGAGCGUUUUGAACGGUUGCGAAAUCGUGAGAGACCUAGACCACCAACGGAACCACCGGGAAAGUUGGAACUGAUGUCAAGUCCAAAGUCUAUGUCUCCGGAAACAAUAAAAUCACCAAGUUCCAGUGCUAUGGGAACAACACGUGCCCCAAGUGUUGCUCCAGUUGUACAACCUCAGAGCCAGGCGGCAUUUCGUCGACAAUCCUUUCAGCAGCAUCAACAGCAAACAAUUGACUAUUCACAGAUGAAUAAUGUGUCAAACAUUCAAUAUUCCCAACCUCAUAGCCUAAAUAGUUCAUUAGCGACUGGCCAGGGUGAUUAUAUGAGUGGUGGUCAGUCAAUGUAUCAGCAACAGCAGCCACAGACACAACCAAAUAGUAGCUAUAUGAACCAAUUUUCCAAUCACCAAAUACCAAAUACUCAGAUGAACUACACCCCGUCACAGAACCCUUAUAAUUCCACGUCGAUUCAGCAGCAGCAGCAGCAACAGCAAUUACAGCAGCAGCAGCAAGUUUACAGUAUGAGCAGUAAUAUGAGUACUGCAAGUGGGCAGAGUUUUGGUAAAAUGAAUUCAGUACCUUAUAGUCAACCACAAUCUCAAGCAGUUUAUGGCAUGGCCCAAAAUCAACCAAAUUACUACAACAUGUCGGACCAGCAGUUAGUGCAGCAGCAACCACUACAAGACUAUUCAACAUCAGUUCAGAGUGGGAGUGGGAUGCCAAUGCGGCGAAGUUCGCAAAUGCAAAAUGAAGGUCAGCGACCAAUGUUGGGAUCGCAUGCACAACCAUCGUCAAUCGACCAUUUUGAUCACUACAAACGACCGCCAAGUCGAGAUUCCUCCGUAGAUCGGUAUACAAGAGCAGCAAGUCGUUUAGGUGGUGGUUUUGGGUCUCGGCAACCCUCAAUCGAUCGUACCCUACCACCUGCACCCGCGAGUGAAACCCCAGAGCGCAGUGUUAGGGCCGGAUCAGCAUUCCGUCAAAUGGGCCCAGCCCCAGCACCAACAACAUCUGGCAAUGGUACAGUGAUGACUGGCUCUGGGGCAUCCCGAAGUGGAACACCUGUGUACCAAGUACCAAUGGCACAGCCGGUGUAUUCAUCGCCAAAUCAACCAUUUGAAGAUGUUCUGCUGCGACAGCGUACCUUAGGCCAAGAUAUUGUACCAUCGCCGGCUCAACCAAAGCGCACCGAGAGUUUAUUCAUUGGUGCCAAAGCGGCGCCUCCCGCAACGGGUGGUGGCGGCGGUGGCAAAGGAUUAAAGAGUGUUCCCAUUUCCAUACCACUUCAGCGGAAGAAAUCGUUGCCGGAUGUGCAAGAGUUACCAAAGAAAACAGAAAUGAUGAGUCGUGAGGAGGUAUCAGCAUUAGGUUCCGCACGCCGAGAAGAGGUUCGGCGCCAAAUUGAAAAUUCAGAACGGUUAAGAGCCAAUCCAUUGUUAUAUUUAGUCAGUCCACAAGUGAAGGACUGGUUCUCACGCCAACAACUAGUGAUGUUAGUGUUGGUUGUAAACAUAGCUCUAGCAAUUAUGUUCUUUAAGAUGCUCACAUAGCGUCGACUGAAUCCCCAUUUGAUUAGUGCACAAUUCUCAUUUGCCAUGGCAACAGGAUGAGCAACCUGAACUGUGGACACAGGAUGUCAUCAUUCUCCAGCAUUGGCUCGAUUUUUGUGUUCAUUUGUAUGGAAACCCAUGGGGUCAAAAAUGAACACAAUUCUCGUGGAAAUUUCAUAGGCUUCGAUGGACUUGCUUUUGAGGAAAUUUCUGCAUUAAUAAUUUUCUGGGCUUUCGAUCGAAUAUAGAUUAACACUCACAGUCUCUGCUGUGAAGUUAAUUGAACGAUGGGAUUUUGAGGGAUACACACUUUCUUUUUAUUGGAAAAUUGUGUACUAACUGCAAAAUGGGGAAAAGAUGAAUUUUGAAUAGUGGAUGUUUUUGCAGUAAUUUUAAAGGUAAAAAGAACUAAGAAAAAAAAAUAUUGGGAAAAUGUGUAAAGGACAUUUUAUCAAAUUUCCUCUUUGAUGUGUAAAAACUAAAAAAAAAAUGAAAACGAAGAAAUUCUAAUUAUAUUAUAUACCUAACAUUAGUAAAUACACACAAAAAAAAUAAAUCAACAAAAAAUGAGAUAAAUUUUUCAAUCUUGCCGUGAUAAAUUCACAAAAUUAGACGCAAGAUUUUUUUUGGUAUAUUGAAUGAAUAAAAGAAUAAUAGCUGUAUACUUUUGACAGUUUAACAGCUAAUGAAAUUAAAGAAAAGGAAAUGUAUUUUGUAAUUUGAAUGUAUAAAAUAUAUUACCAAGAAAAUUAUAAAAAAGGUAACAUUUUCACGAUUAAAAAAAAAGCGCAAAAAUUACUAUACAAAAUGGUAUUGUAAGCUCUCCGUCUUUGGCACAAGUUUACGUGCGAAUUCUCCACAAAUGUAAAAUUGUGUAAAUCUUUUGAUCUGCUAGGUACAUUAAAUAUGAGAAUUAGAGGAACGUUAAAAAGAGAAGAAGCUUUUUUUCAGUGAUUUUGUAAAGGAAUAAAAAAAUCAAUUUGUGAUUCCUUAUUUGUAAAAAUCACUAUGAGAAUUGACUUAAAUUGAAAAGUAAAAAUAAACUUGAAAGAAAUUGAUAAUGAUUAUACACAUAAUACAAGUUUUAUAUAAUAAAAAUUUAUUGUGUAACCAUAAAAAAUGCUUAGCUACUAGAAAACAUUUUUUGAAAAAUUGAAUGAAAGUAAAAAUCUCUUAAACAUAGUACAUUUUUACACAAAAUCUUACUCUUUUAAAUACAAACAAAAAAAAAAAAAUGAGAAAGAAAUAUUAGAAAAAUUUGAGAAAAGAAAAACAUUGUGAAUGCUGAUAUUCGUCUAAUAUUUUUGUUUUAUUUAAUUUUGUUAACAUUAAUAUAUUAAAAUAUAUAUAUAGAAACUUUAAUAGAUAAAAUCAUGUUAAAAUUUUUGCUGUUAUUUUAAUUAUUUUUUAUGUUGAAGUAAUAUUUCUUUUUUUUUACAAUAGCUAAACUUUUAUUUUUGCUGAAAACUUCCAAUUCUAAUUUUUCGUUUUUAUUUUUUUCUGCCUCACGAAUUCAUUAUUUAUUACUGUUUAAAUUAUUAAUUUAUAGAGUAAUUUAUCCAAAAUUGUUAGUUGAUUUUUCUAUCCUUAUUUUUGUUGGAGAGAGAAAAAAGUAUCUUCAUUGUUAUACCUAUAUUUGAACAAAACAAAUGAGGAAUGUGGAAGAUCGGUAUAAAAAUACUCUGUAGUGUAGAUGCAUUUUUUAUAAGUUUCAAAUUUUUUAAUUAACAAAAUUAUAAAAAAAACUUCCCAAUGAAAUAACUACUGUGUAUGUAUUUUAUUGGUAAGUAAAAUGAGAAAAAAUAGGAAAUGAGAAUAAAAGAAAAAAAAUGCCUCUUUCUUCAAUUUAUGCAAAUUAAAAAAGACACCUUGAUAGGAAAAGAAAACAGCGAUAAAACACGAAGAAUAAGUAAAAAAAAAAUGAAGAUCAUUUUAAUUUCCUUGUGGUAACUAAUGAAUAUUAUAUUAAAAAAGUUACAAUUAAAUUUAUUAUUAAUAAAAAAAGAAACUGAAAUUAUCUUUGUUAAAAUUAUAAAUCUCAUUAAAAUUUAUAUCAACGUUACAAGCAUAAUCAAUUUUAAUGAAUAAUAUUAAAAAAAAAAUAAAUGAAAAAAAUGUCCAUAAAAAAUUGGAUAAUAGAGGAAUAUACUCUAUAAAGAAAUAUAUAAAAUUUUCCGUUAAAUAGAUUACUUUUUGCACAGAAUUUGAAACAGAUAUUUUGCAAGUGGUUCAGAAAGAAAGAAAUUUAGGUAAAUUAAUGCAAAAUCUUCAUUGUAGUUUCAUACUUUUGAUUAAAUAUUUUGCAAAAAAUGACAUACUAGGAAAGGAAUAUAUAUUUGGAAAAAAAUAUAUCGUAACAGUAACUCAAAAGCACAAAGUGUACAAUGUAUGCUCGAAAAAUGAACUUUUAAUUUUAUUUGUAUUUUUUUUUUACUAUGCUUCUCUUUAAAGAUUAAUUUUUAUUUUAUAACUUUAUAGAGACAGAGAACAAGUAGGUACAGCAAGUCUUGUCAUUGAUAAUGUUCUUAGAACCAAGAAAACUACAAGAAAAAAUAUUAGUGAUUCUAGAAUUUUUUACAUCCUAAAUUGAAAGAAAAAAAAAGAGUAUAACUUACCGAAUAUACCGAGAAAUAUCACUACUUUGAAAAUAUAAACAAAAAAAAAGCGCAUUAUCAACACUUUUGUGUAUUUAUUGUAAAGAAUGAAAUUAUAUUGAGAACUAAAAUCAAGAUUUUCAUUAACGUUUAAAAUAGUGAGGGUUAAUUAAAUGGCCCCAAAAGAUCCUAAAACCAACAAGAUAUUCAAUUACCAUAAAAAAACGAGAUUAUAAUAAAUUAGAAUUUAUGGAAAUUAUACCUACAUUUUUCAAUACAAUAUAAUUAUUGGAGAAGAUUUGUGACGCAUAGCAAAAUUACCAGAAAAUCCACAAAGGUGGAGAAUAUUAAAAUGGAAAUGUGUAAUACUUCUUCAUUUUUAUUAUCAUCGUAGCAUAAAUUUUAAAUGUCUUUAUAAUUUUUUUUUCAUUAUUAAUAAUAUUCUUUUUUUAAGCAUAUAAACUAAUUGCAAAAUAUAACCACACGUUGUAAUGAAUCAAUCGGAAAGUUCUAAAAUUAUAAUAUUAAAUUAGAUAAAGAACAAAGUGCCGAUCUGCAUAAAAAGGAGUCAAAGAAGACACAUUUAAAAAUAAAUCAGAAGUAUAACGUUUAAUUUUCUUUUGCAUUAUUAAGACAUAAAAUUUAAUUAUUUUUACUUCUCAUGGAGAGUAAAAUUAAGUAAAAAAAAAGAUAUUGCCUCCACUUUAUGUUUCAAUGAGUUUAAUAAAAAGAAUAUAUUAAUAAAUAUAAAUUUACCUUGAGAAAA